GCCGCAGACGCCCGGGCGGAGGCGUCCAAGGCCCGCGAUGACGCGGAGGUGAAAGAUUCCGAGUACCAGGAAGCGGCAUCCGAUCACCGGAUGAAAGUGGCGGCGGUGGAGAAGGCAAAUGCCUCAGCCGCGUCUGCUGCCGAGGCCCUGAAGAGCUUCGAGGCCCAACAUCUCCCGAAGGCGGCAGAGGUGCCGGCUGAGGAGAAAAAGAGGAAAAAGGAGGAGGUGGAUGAGAAGGCAAAGGAGGAAGCCAAGUCUGAAAAGAAGGAGAAGAAAUCCAAGGAAGCUGCAGAAGAUGGCGAUAAGAAGGCCAAGUCUGAUGCUAGCAGCAAGGACAAAGAGGAGAAGCCGAAAAAGGCCAUCCUUACUCCGGCCUCCGCCGUAGACGAAAAGAAGGAGGAUGAUGACGACGAAAGUGCCGAAACAGACAAGGUCGAGGAGGACAGCGAAGAAGAGGAAGAGGAGGAGGAAGAAAAGGAGGCGGAGGACACAAAGGCAGAUGAAGAGGAGAAGGAUGACAAGGAGGAAGAGGAAAGCCCCACUGAAAAGGAGGCGGAGGACGAUGAUGAAGAUGAGGAGGAGGAAGAAGACAAGGACAAGAGCAAGGCAACGAAAGAUGCCAAAAGCUCCAAGGCGCCGGCCAAGAAGGCGGACGACGAUGAUGACGAUGAUGACUCGGACGGGGCUAGCGACGAGGAGGACGAUGAUGACGAAGACGACAAUGAGGACGACGAGGAGUCGUCGGAUUCGGAGUCGGACGAGUCUGAGGCAAAGGCGAAGAGCAAAAAGAACGCAAAAGAAACAAAAAAGAGCGACAAGAAGGAUAAGAAAGACAGCAAAAGCGCCAAAAACAAGAAGGACAAAAAGUCCAAAAAGGAG